GGACGUUUGUCGACGACGGGUGUACGUCGUUCUGAUCUCAACAAAAACAAAAAUAAUGCCGACAAAAGGAUGUUGCAUGAACGUGAGAAAUUGGUAUUGCAGAGAAAAACGUUUCAAGACAAUGCAAUACGAAACUACUGCAAUUGUUCCAUAAAAUCAAAUAGAGAUAUAACCAAAGAACAACGCAUUCGAGAUGAUGACGGAAGAACACGAAGGAAAAAAGAAAAAUAUGUUAAAUAAUUGAUGAAAAAAUUAUUAGAAGAAAUAUGUAAAUAGACAGUAUUUUUGUUAAAAAAUAACGUGGCUGUAGUAAUUCAUCAAACAAAAUUGAUCCACUGCAUUACAUUUUUAACACCAGUGCUUAAUUGAAAGUAUUCAAGUGCAACUAAAAAUACAAUUUAAAGAGACAGAGAUUUAUCGGAUAUUUAAUCAGUAAAUGGGAAUUAGUUGGAUACUAAUGUAAUUAAUAAUCACUUUCGUCACAAAAAGUGAAGCUAAAAAAGAAAGUAUUGGAACUAAAUCAUGCAUUAUUGAUGCUUGUUUCAUUAACGAACUCUGCAUCUAAUGAAGAGACGAAAACCCUCUUGAAAGAUUUAAUUAUUCCAAGAAUAUGCAAUACUGAAUAUUAAUAUCAAAAAAUUAUAUAAAUUUGAAGACUUCUUUCUGAAAUUUUAAUUGAAUAAAAUUAUUGAUAAAAAAAAUUGGUCAUUAGGUAGUGAGUAUGUAACCAAACGGAAUAAAUUCAAAAUUUCAAGCACUGAUACUAUUGUGUAUUCCUAGCUAAAAGGAUUGAAAUUGAAAUCGCAAUAACUUUAUCAUCGAAAUGAAGCUUGGAGAGAACAUGACAGCGACAGAAGCAUGCAAUGGUUGGAGUGAAGUCUGCCCCCGCAAAAGUCGACCCCCACACAUUGGUGAUAUCCCGAGACACGUCGCAAUAGAUGAGGAGUCUCCAAGCUCAUCGUUCCCAUUACCAGCAACUUCACAAGAUAUAACGAAGCCAAUUUUUAAAACAUUCGAUGAUUCUCACGAUGAUGCUAACGUAUAUGUCACGCACAAGUCACCACCCGUUAAAGUAGAAAGUCAGUCAACAGUAUUUCAUAAGCUCCCUAUUUCUAAAUGUCUAGAAAACAGGGUGAGGGUUUUCACAAGAAUUUCCAGUGCUGAGAGAAGGCCGAGAUUGUCAAUCGCAGAUAAAAUCAGAGUAGCACGUAGCAGUACUUUAGAUUCAAGUGUUACUCAAGGUACAGCCGUCUCGAGGUUACUCUCUGUGAAAGAAAAAUUGACCAGCACAAUUGGGUCUCUAGACGGUCGUCAAGAACCUUCAAAGGUAGAAAGAAAAAGAGAAACGACUCACGCUAAAUACGAGCGAUCGUAUAUCCAUGACAAUCUUAUUCAGCAAUCAAGCAGUACCUAUUCCUUGGAGAAAUUACCAGAAGACAUCGACAGGGAUUCAAGAAAAGAUAGUGCUGUUUGUCUGGAAGAAACUGAAGAAUUGGAUGCUCUUAAAGAGCGCCUACUUGAAAGUGAUCCUUAUGCUUCUAAAACGUCUAACUCCUGUAAACUUCCUCCACUCUUGACAACACAAAAAAUUUCUUCAGCUUCUGCUUUAAUUUAUGAAGAUACUGAAGAAGAAAAGAGUAAAGUACUUCAUCAUCCUUCAUUAGCCAAGUAUUAUCGACCAAGACGUGAAAGUAGUGGAUAUUCCAGUAACCUCUCAACUUUUGAUGAAGAUCGCAGAAAUUCUACUACAGACACGUUGCAAAGUUUUACUGCACAUAAGGAUAGACGGAGAUCUUCAGCAAAAAAACUCAAUAUUGGUCGAUUCGCGAAAGAAGAAGAAAUAGAGAGAAUGCCAACAUCAGAAGUUUAUCGGAAAAUUUCCACAGCUGGGCUAGAAAUGCCAAAUAUUACAGAACUUAAAGAAAUUACGGAAGAUGUACGACUUUCAUCUAAAGAUGACAUCGUAUGUUUACCAACUCUUGAUAUUUUUCCUGAUAUUUCAGUAGUAAAAGAGAGGCGUAGAUUUUCGAAAAAGAUUUAUGAUAAAAAUGAUGAGACUGAAACUCUGGAGAUUAUCAAAGAACGCGGAGAUAUUGAUCAAACAAAGGAACAUCUUCAGGGAAUUUUACAGAGUGUCACUGAACCAGUACAAGAAAAGGAUAUUAAAGAGAUCAAAGACCGACUCUCUCAAUCAACCUUGACCAUUGACAAUAAUGGAAAAAAUCCUGUACAUCGAGACAAGUUUUCAAAAAGUUCAAUUCCAAGUAUUUCCUCACUUGAUGUUUUAUCAAAAACAAUUGAUACUUCUGUUCAAAAAAAACCCGAAGAAUUACAGCGGUUUGAUUAUCUACGUCAACAUAAAGAAUCAAGUCGUACAGAAACGAAUAAAGACGGUCGAUUUAAGUUAGAAAAUAUAUCUAAUACGAAAGAAAAAAUUGUAAGAUCUCAAAGCUGUAAUUUUCAAGAAAGAAGUUCUCUUAAUUUUUUAAAACAUUUAGUUUCUACUUCAAAUUCUAGUCCUAAAUCCCAGAGGCCAUUUAAGCAAGUUACUCAUCAAUAUAGUACGUCUUUAUCGUCAACUACUGAAUUAGAAAGUAUUGCAGAGAAACCUCAAAAUGUUACGCGGCUUCAAAAUCCUGUGAUGGUUAUUAAUGAUGGUGAUGAUGACAAUGAUGUAGAAAUAAGUAAUAGCAAAAGUGAAAAAGAAAAUGUAGGAGUAAAUAUUCUAUCAAGAUCUGUCAAAGUUUAUCAAUUACUGUCGACCCAAUCAGAAGAUCAUGGCGAUGAUGAGCCAAGGUUGAUGGAUAGAAGGAUAUCUCUUCAAAUACCUCGACAUGAUGAAGAAGAAUCACUUCCAUGCACAACUUUGUGUACUCCGGAGGAUAAAAGACUUUUACAUACGGAUAGCUCACCAUUGCUUCAAAUUUCAAAAUCUGUGCAAAUGCAAGAUCAGAGUUCGAGAUUAAAAGUCAGUGGAUUAUCUCCAGUGAGGAAACUUUCAUCUCCAGGAGAAGUUGAAGUAAUUCAGAGAAUGAUAGGAGAUAAUGGGAAUGUUGGUAUCAGACCUAUUUAUCCAUAUUGUCCUUAUUCACCUUAUGGAAGUCCACAAGGAUCGCCAAGGAUACGAAGAAGGCCCCUUAGAGAGAGCAGAAGAGUUUCCAUUGACAAUAGACAAGGGGCUUUUCAGCUUAAUCAGUACAAACUCCUCGAUACAAUUGGUCAGGGUUCCUACGGAAUAGUCAAAUUAGCAUACAAUGAAGAAGAUGAAACUCAUUAUGCCAUGAAAAUUUUAAGUAAAAAAAAAUUGAUGAAAAAGGCAGGCAUUUUUGGAAGAAUGGCCCCUGGCAGAAAGGGUGUUUCUAACCCUUUGGCAAAAGUUUAUAGAGAAAUUGCUUUGCUAAAAAAAUUAGAUCAUCCAAAUGUCGUCAAACUAGUAGAAGUACUUGAUGAUCCUGAAGAAGAUAAUUUAUACUUGGUCUUUGAACUGGUACAAAAAGGUGAAGUUCUUCAAUUACCAACUGAUAAACCACUUGAUGAAGAAACAGCGAGAACAAAUUUUCGGGAUGUUGUAUUAGGCGUAGAAUAUUUACACUACCAGAGAAUAGUACAUCGGGACAUAAAACCAAGUAAUUUAUUGGUUGACAGUGAAGGUCAUGUUAAAGUUGCUGAUUUGGGUGUAAGCGCAGAAUUGAGAGCUUCUGGGGAACUUUUGUCCGGAUCUGCUGGUACACCAGCCUUUGCAGCGCCUGAAACAACAGUUCCUGGUGCUCAAUACUCUGGAACGCUAUGUGAUGUGUGGUCCAUGGGUGUGACGCUGUAUUCAUUAGUGACUGGAAAAGUACCUUGGGAUGGUUCAGGAAGCAUUAUUGGAGUUCAAGCAGCAGUGCGAACUGAGCCUCUACGUUUUCCAGAAAAACCAGAAUUAUCUGAAGAUCUUCGUGACCUGAUAACACGAAUGCUUACUAAAGAUCCAGCUGUACGAUGCAGUUUGCAAGAAAUAAAGACUCAUCGUUGGUUAACGAACCAUGGAAAAGAGCCACUUCUUAGUGAAGCUGAUAACUGUCGACUUCCUGUCACUGUCACUGAUGAGGAAGUUGCACGAGUUGUUACAAGAAUCCCUAAACUUGAUACCUUAAUUCUUAUUAAAACGAUGCUCAAACAACAUAGCUUUCAGAACCCAUUUUUACCCAAGAAAAGCGUAAAACCUAGCAGAGGAGAUGUCAUAUCCGGGAAUCUUGAACUCCCUUCGACAAGUUUGGGUAAAACUCGAGAUUUAGGGAAUCAAAGUAAGACAGCUCAAUUUCAUCGAGCCGGAAGAAGUAAUUCUGCUCCAGAUUCUUAUGAGUGGCAGGCAGGUGGAAAACAAACGACUGCUGAUCCGUCGUUACCACCAGUUACAGAAGUUUCGAUUCCAGAAAUUGAUGUUGGAAAACGGUGAUGUAGAAUCAAAUCAGACGAAAAGGAUGGAAAAUAAAUUAAAGUCAUGAAUAAUACACUGUCGACUGAUCGGGACCAAAGAUAGUGUCGGCUAUUAUUGGAGAUGAUUUGUAAACAUUGACCAUUAAAAAAGUCGCUCAAACAAACCAACGAAAAAUCACUCUUCUACAUAAAUAAUUUACAUAAUUUUUCGUUUCAGCUUAAAUGAUAAAAAUCUGUCAAAUGAAUUUAAUUGUAUUAUAUUAGUGUUGUUGAUAAAGGUAACGGCAUUUAUAAAUCUAAACUGUUUAACUUAAAAAUCAAGAUCCUACUCAUGCGACUUUAAAGAUAUAAUAAGUUUCCAAUAUUAACUACUUUCAUCGAUUAUAAAAUAAAUUUAUCGACUCACACGUCAUAAAUCAAUGAUAAUAAUAUAAAAAUUAUAUUUUUCAAUCAUUUAUGUAUUAAAUUAUCUUUUUGUUAACAAGUACUUAUUUAAAUAUUUAUUUUUAUUAUUUGUCGUUAAUAUUAGCAUAAUAAUUAAUAUAUUGUUAAAAAAUGGGCGUACCUGAAAAAUCGUAAUAUGUGAUGAAAAUCUUUUUCAUGAAUAUCCAAGUAAUAAUUUAUACUAAUUAUUAAACACAUGUAAUUAUUGUGAAUUGUAAUUUUUAGCAUUUAAAUUCAACCAUUUGAUAAUUAGACAAAAAAUUCUACAUUUAAAAUAGGUAGUGAAUAAUUAUAAUUCAUACGAUAAUAUUUAAUUAAACUUAUUUUCCACUAAUGAUUAAAUAGAGAAAUACUUAUUACAAAUUUUUAUCGAUUAUUCUUUUAAAAUUUUAAAAUGAUUGUAAAAAAAAAUGAUUUUUGGCGUGACUUAUAAUAUCAGUAAGCAAAUUGCUUAUAUCGAAUAAACAAUUGGUGAUUAUGGCUAAAAAAUUCAAUUUUUUGAUUGCGUGAAAAAUGGUAGCAAUGUACCAUGAAUAUAAAACAUAUAGAGAUAUAAAUGCAUAAAAUGUACACUGAAUUUUAAAUCAAUCGAGAUUUAAUAAUGGAUGUUGGUACUUUUGAAAAGCGAUUAUCUAAUUUUGAAAGCGAAAACUCUACUAAAAAUGUAAAUUAUUAUUAAGAAACAACGAUUUUUCCUGUAAGUGGUCCAAAGUCUUAUAAAAAAUUAUGUCGAAUUUUAUCAUGUUGAUCAUGAUGUAGAUAUUUAAAUAUAAAUUAAUUCAGAUCGUAUUAAUAAAAAUUUAUAUAAUUAAGCUCAAAAGUAAUUAAAGUGUCACUCAUUAAAAAAAAUUAUCGGUCGAUAUAGUUGAUAUAAAUAUCUGACAUUUAUAUUCUUAAUAAUGCACAAAUUUUUUACAUAAAAAUAUUAUGCACUUAAAUUUGGAAUAAUUAAACUCUUGUGAUA